CCUGAAAAGAAGCCUGAAGACAAGUACGGAGACAAGCCUGAGGACAAGUCCGAAGACAAGCCGGAAGACAAGCCUGAAAAGAAGCUUGAAGACAAGUCCGAAGACAAGCCCGAAACAAUGCGGAUGAAAAGCCUGAAGACAACCCCGAAGACACGCCCGAAGACAAGACGGAAGACAGGCCGGAAGACAAGCCCGAAGACAAGCAGCAAGACAAGCCCGAGGUCAAGCCCAAAGACAAGCCCGAGGACAAGCCCGAAGACAAGCAGCAAGACAAGCCCGAAGACAAGCCUGAACACAAGCCGGAAGACAAGCCGAAAAACUAGCCUGAAAAGAAGCCUGAACACAAGUACGAAGACAAGCCCGGAGAUAAGUCCAAAGACAAGCUGGAAGUCAAGCCGGAAGACAGACCGGAAGACAAGCCUGAAGACAAGCCCGAAGACAAGCUGGAAGACAAGCUUGAAGGCAAGCCUAAAAACAUGUUUGAAGACAUGCCUGGAGACAAGCCUGGAGACAAGCCUGGAGACAAGACUAAAGACAAGCCAGAUAACAAGCCCGAAGACAAGCCCAAACACAAGCCAGAAGACAGGCCGGAAGACAGGCCGGAAGGCAGACCGGAAGACAGACCGGAAGACAAGCCCGAAGACAAACCUGAAGACAAGCAGCAAAACAAGCCCGAAGACAAGCCUGAAUACAAGCCGGAAGACAAGCCGGAAAACUAGCCUGAAAAGAAGCCUGAAGCAAGCCUGAAAACAAGCCUGAAGACAAGCCGGAAGACAGACCGGAAGAAAAGCCGGAACACAAGCCCGAAGAGAAGCCCGAAGACAAUCAGCAAGUCAAGCCCGAAGACAAGCCCUAAGACAAGCCUGAAGACAAGCAGCAAGACAAGCCCGAAGACAAGCCUGAAUACAAGCCGGAAGACAAGCCGGAAAACUAGCCUGAAAAGAA